CACAUCAGGGAUCCAGAUCAGAAUUCCCACCUUCAUGCGGGAACACUGAUCCUGGACAUUCUUGGCUUCCACGCAGCACCAACACACCUGCCCGAGCUUUGUCUCAGCUCUGUUGGGCACGAGCUAUUCCCCCUGUGGAGAGAAAGACUGAGCUUUCUGAUGCGUUAGAGAGGCAGGGGCGGAAAGGGGAGGUGAAAAAUGGCCCAGGCUGCUGGUUUUGGUGGAUAGGAGUGGAGGAGAGAAGCCGAGUGAGAGAGACCGAGGACUUCCAGAUCAGGAACUGCCACAAAGUAAUCCUCCGCUAGCUGCAUGGCUUCAUCCAGGUACAGUAUGCAGGCCGGUAGCACUGGACCCACUCUGCUGUUCCUAUCAGGAGUCAAGCGACAACUUGUUCCAGUACCACCAGCUCAAUAAACUGUUUUGCGGUCCACUCUUCUGCCAUCAAGCACUGGCAACAGAAGUCCCUCAGCUGCUGUGACACACUGCAGGACUGCCUUCUUUAUGAUGUAAUGCUACAGUUGUGUGUGUACAUGAUUGAAGAACUCCAGGAAGGCCUCCAGAUUGUCUGUGGAGGCCAUCUUGGCAAGUAGCAUGGUGGCAGGGGACACAGCUGGAGAGCUGUUGGGCCAGCGCUCAGCCUGCUCCUGUACGAGUGCUUCAGAGAACAGCUGCUGUUCGUUGCACAGGACAAGAAGUUCUGGUGUUGGGUUUAGAAAGAUAUUGUUUAUAAGCUGUUCGUAUUAUGAAAUUCUAUAUUGUGAUCAUUUGGGAGAUCGAUUAUAUAAGACUUUAUCAUGAUAACAUUUUUAGUAAUAUGGCCCAGCUCUAGUUUUAACUCUUUCUGACAGUACACUGGCAUUAUAUUCUGCAAAUCGACUUCUCAGACAUUUUCACUCAGUAUAAACAAAGGAAUUAUUUUACUGUCACAAGUCUGUUAUAAGAUUAGUCAGGACACUGUUGGGUUUCUGUGUGUAGAGUAUUGUGACUCUGUUUAGCUGCUGGUGAGCAGGGCGAUGGGAAAGUGGAGGGGUUUGAGCCUCCUGCUUGGCGAACAAUUCACACCUCUCCACAGUAAUUACAGAGAUAAAACAGACAGCACAGCUAAAGCUUUUUUUUAUGGUAAAAUGCUGUAUACAAAUGCUACAAUAAAAAUAUAACAUUUAAACCUAGUAGGCUAGGUAAAAAAAGAAAUACUUAUGAAAAACUGCAACUUCUUAAAGCCCUACUUUCAUAUGAACCAUUAAACACUACUGUGGUGUGUGACAUCAGGAAAAUAAAACAGUGUUAAACAAAGGCAUCCCCAAAACAGGUGGAAAUUCCUUUUUUUUUUUUUUGUCCUCUGGUAAAAAGAGUUAAUGAUGUACAUCUAUGUAGCAACUUUUGAUCAACCUACACAUUAUCCCAGGUGUAUAGCAUCAUGUGGCAUAGUUAGUCUAUUAAGGCUACCAGAACUUACCUCUACCUUUACUCUAUGUAAAUCCUGUUUUUUCUUGUGGCCUUGUUGGGAUCCCUUACAGUCUACUAUAAAAAGAUUAUAAGAGGAUGUCUUGCCUCUAAUAUUUACAUUUUAGUUUUGCCCUGUGUGACUUGGUUAGCCAUUCUCUGUACAUCUUUACCAGAAGUUAUAUUUGUCAUUGCCUCAUUUCUAAUUUAUAGAGCACCGGUUACAUUCAUUCUUUUUUCAAAAAAAUAGUUGAAAUAUUUUCACAAUGAGUUUAUUUCUAAUACUGUUCAUUUUCUGCUUCAGACAUGGAUGAUGCCCAGGUACAAGUCUUCUCCUGCUCUCAUUGUUCACUUUCCUGUACAUCUCAAAUUUACCUCCACAAACACAUCAGAAGAUACCACUAUGAGGAAUAUGAGAGACCGCUACAAUCAGGGGAGUUAAAAGAAAUGAAGCGUAUUACCGCAAUAAGCCCCAGUAUUCAGCAAACAGCCUCCAUUACACUUAACAGUAACUCCUCUAAUAAACAAAUGCAGAAAGGAGUCUAUCCCUGCUCACAGUGUGGGAAGAGUUUUACUGACCGGAGUAAUCUCAGACAACACCAGCGCAUUCACACAGGAGAAAAGCCCUAUCACUGCUCUGCGUGUGGGAAGUGUUUUAAUCGACGGAGUGUAUUACAAAAACACCAGCGCAUUCACACAGGAGAAAAACCAUAUCACUGCUCAGAGUGUGGGAAGAGCUUUACUCGACAGAGUAAUGUACAAAGACACCAGCACAUUCACACAGGAGAAAAGCCGUAUCAUUGCUCAGAGUGUGGGAAGAGCUUUAUGCGACAGAGUGAUCUACAAUCACACCAGCGCAUUCACACAGGAGAAAAACUGUAUCAUUGCUCAGAGUGUGGGAAGAGUUUUAUUCGACAGAGUGAUCUACAAAAACACCAGCGCAUUCACACAGGAGAAAAACUGUAUCACUGCUCAGAGUGUGGGAAGAGAUUUAAUCGACAGAGUAAUCUACAAAAACACCAGCGCAUUCAUUAAGGAGAAAAAACUUACAAGUGCUCAUGCUGUAGAUCUUUAAAUAAAGAUGAGCUCAAAGUACAUCAGUGCAUUCACACAGGAGAAAAGCUGUAAGAGUGCUUAAAGUGUGGGAAGAGUUUUAAUUAAAAGAGAAGGCUAAUUUCAUACAUCAGCAAAUUCAUGUAACCUAGUUACAGAUGUGGCCUUAAAAAAUGCGUGAUUUUUCAUGCAAGAUCAGGAGGCGUAUCACGCACAAUGCCACAAGGCCCGUUUCUUAAAACUUAAAAAAUUUCUAAAUAAAUUUUUACACUUCCCAGAAUAUCCACCAGGUGGCGCAUGGACUCAAAUGCUCC